UCCGCUCCAAAGCGUCCGGGGCGGCUGGGGGAAUCGAGCACGGGGCACUGCCAGGGCUUCAUUGGCUCAGCAGCCGCUCGGGCUCGCAGCGCAGGGCCCCGGAACGUACUAGCCUCGGCACGGGGGGCUGGAAACGGUCCCUACGCAGCCUUUUAAAAGAGGGGCAGGGGAGGGUGCUCCGGCUCCGCACCCAGCCAGGUGCAGCCCCCAGGCGGUUUGUGUUGGGGCUUUUACGCCUGGCGCGGGGGAGCCGCCCGACACCGAUCGGCCUGGUCUUGUCUCCUUUCGGCCAGGAUGGCUGCCCGCGGCGAGGUGCCCUCCGGCCGCCCGCAGGCUCCCAGCAUCGCUUCGCCCCGGCUGCCGCCUGUGAUCCCGCACCCGCUCUCCCGGCUCGGCGACCCGGAGCGCCUGGCUCUGCGCGGGUUCGCGCCUCGCGGACAGCGGCCUGCAGGGGGCAGCGGAGGCGCCCGGGCCCCGCCGCCGCAGCCCCCCGAGCCGGAGCUGCUGGCGCCCGCCUCCCGCGGUGCCCGCUCCCUCCCGGCCCCCCGGCAGCCGCAGGAGGUCUCCGCCCGCGCGGCCCCGGGCAAGCCCAAGCUCCCGCUGUUCGGUACGUGCCGGCAGAGCGUGGGGAGGGGCCCGCAAGGGGCCAGUCUGCCCCCGUCCCGUGGGAGCUGGAGGGAGCCCCCGGGGCGGGCAGAGCUGCCGCGCGAGGAGAGCACAGGCCAACAAGCUGACAUUGGAAACUCAGCAGUAAGCAGAGCAAGUUUUGCUAGCAGCAGGACCAGUUUACUGUCUCAGCCUGGGGGACAGCUCAGUAUUGAAGCUGAUGAGCUGGAGCACAUUUUGCAUGAAAAAAUGAGAUCUGGAGGCUAUUUUACUAUGAGACAACUGUUCAAAAACAAUGACCCUGAGGGCAAGGGGCAGGUCAAUAGAGAUGUGUUACUAAUGAUGCUGACCAAAUUUCUUGGAAGGUGUAUCAGCUUCAAGCAGUAUCAGCAACUUCUUCUAAGGCUUAAGCUACAGGACAAAGCCAUUAUCAAGUUUGAAGAGUUAUAUGCAGCAAUUCGUGAUCCUGCUACUUCUGGGGCUCCAGCCUGGCUUGAUCCCAUCAGCCACAGACAGGGGGGCGGAGUCAUGAUGACUGCAUCACAGGUGCAUGCACAACUAAAAGAAAAAGCAAAACAAAGGUCCCUGGAUAUUGCUGAUCUGAUGCCCCAGAAGAACCCGGGUGAUGACAUCAGGAUUCUGAUGCCUGAGUUUAAGAACAUACUUAACAAACUAGGUUUUCACAUUGGAAAUGAGGAGUUUGAAAAGCUUUGGAGAAGAUAUGACACAGAAGGAACAGGAGUUCUGAAAGGAGAUAUACUACUUAAAAAAUUAGGAGCUAAGCUCCAAAAUGGAUCUUCAAACAAUGCUAAAAUUUCUGGGCAAAGCAGGGAAAUCUCGGAAGCAGAGUGGGAACGCAGAGCUUCACUUGACAUAGAAAGGUGGCUGAAAGAUAAAUUCAGAGAAGGAUUUAGAAACAUGAAAGAAGAAUUUGAAAAACAUGACCCACAAAAAACAGGCAAGGUGGGAAAAGAAUCCUUCUUGUCAAUCCUACAAAAAUUUGACAUGCAUCUCAAAAAGGAGCAUUUUAACCUUUUCCUGGCAAGAUGUGGCCUUGAAAACAGCCAAACUGGGAUCAAUUAUUUGGAUCUUCUAAGGAACUUCCAGGAUCGUAGUGACAGAGGGAUCACACACAAAAUUCUCUCUAAUCCCAAGCAUAAAUUUCAUCGUGAAGGGAGCAUCAGCCCAGCUUCCACUCUGACUGCAAUUGAAGCCAAGUUGUCAAAUUUGUUUCAGUCUGAUUUCCUUUCACUCUUGGCCACAUUCCAAAAAAUUGACAGGUUGGAGAGAGAGGUCAUUAGUCAGCAGGAGUUUCAAGCAGCAAUUGAGAGCAGGUUUGGCGUGGAGAUUACUGAUGAAGAGUUUGAGCUGCUACUUGACAGAAUCCCCCUUGAUGAAGAUGGAAAUGUCAGAUACCCCCAGUUCAUGGCCAUGUUUGAUUCUCGCAGAGGGUUGCCUAGUCUCUUUGAUGAAAAAUCUGUAACAAAUUCUGCGUGUGAGCCUAACGAAGACAAAGAUGGGCAGAAACAGAAACAAAAUAUCCCUAACCAGAAAGUGAAAUACACCUGUGGAAGAACUCCAAUGCAGCUGUUCAAGAUUAUUAAAAGCUUGCUAAAUAAACACUACCAAGCAAUAGAGAAAGAGUUUGAAGAUUUAGAUGAAAUGAACUCCCGGCGCCUCACUCAGGAGACUAUGUACCUUCUCUUGAAGAGGUUUGACAUCCGACCUGAAAUAACUCGAGGUGAAAUCCACAGGCUGUGGGAAACUUUAAUUACAAAUCAGGACAAUACCCUUGACUUCAUGGAGUUCGUGAGACAUUUUGGAUACUCCCCCAGCUCUUCAUGUUUCCCCAAUGCCAAGAUUAGUCCACCCAGAAAAGGGGACAAUAAUUUCAGGCUGUGUUCUAAAAAGCUCAGCUGUGAUUCUGAUAUACUGGUGGACAGGGUGCGAGCAAAAGUGGAGUAUUUGUGGGAUGAUCUAAAGAAAGAGUUUGAAGACCUAGACCCCUACCAUACAGGCUUUGUAAGCAAGGAGGAAUUUAAAGAUAUUUUGACUGAGCUCUGUGUGCAUCUUAAUGAGUAUGAAUGUGAAAUGCUGGGACAGAAAUUUGAAAGCAAUGGAGAUGGAUGUGUUUCAUACCUGGAGUUUCUGAAGCCCUUUGCUUUAAGUAGACAAAGAUGGAAGAAUGGGAAUAACAUGGCUGCUGUUAUGCAGGCAUCUCAGGGUGAGAUAGAUCAAUCCCACACGGGAAGGCAGACUGCAGAGCUGGGUGGUCUGACAACCAGACUACAAAAAAAGUUACGAGGGGACUGGAAGACCCUUCUAAGAGCUUUUAAGAAGCUGGAUAUUUACAGCAAUGGCUACCUCUCUUUGCCAGAAUUCAGAUCUGUCCUGAAGCUCUGUAAACUUCUGCUAGAUGAAGAUGAGGUUUACCACAUUUUAUCUAAGUUUGAUCCCAACCUGGGUGGGCAAAUUGAUUACAAGUCCUUUUUGGAAGAAACUUGCAAAAAAGGCCAACCACGUACAGCCAAAAAAUCUACUGCAAACCCACAAUAAAAUAAUGUAGAAUAUUCUUGUGAGUAGAAGCGGAAGAAUGGUGUCUGCAUGCUCCCGGCUAAGUCAUUUGCUUCUCUUUGUAGUGUGCAUCACUGCUUUGUGUCUUUUGGCUACUCAUGAGUUGCCCACUGUAUUACCAGUUGUUUUGUAGGGGGAUAAUAAAAACUGUGAGAGCAGAGAAUGAAGCUGAGUAUUAAAUACUGUACUAUAUUUAAAAUGUAAUUCAAGCUGUUACUAAGAAAACUAACAUUCUGAAAAGCAGAGGGAAGGAUGCAGCUUAGAGAGAUGCUAAUUUUUAAGAAAAUAAAACUUUCAGUGAAGGUAAUGCAUGGAUUUUUGCUGUGUAGGAUGCAAUGACAAUGGGAAAGAGUCCCUUUGAUAUCACUGGGAGUUGGAUCAGGUCCUUUGUAUGUGUUAGCCAGAAUUUGGCCCUUAAUAUAAACACACAUUUUCUUGCUUAGUUGUCUUUUCUUUUUUCUUACAAACAUAGUUUCUCCACAAAGUACAACAGGCAGAGGACCCAAUUCUGCAGCAGCUCUGCACAUGACUUCACUGAACCUUCCCUGCUCAAAGCAGCUGUAUGUUUAGACCCAUGUUAUUUAUCUGUUUCUUUUUGUAGUACAAAUACAUUUUCAUAAUUAUGUAAAUGCAUAGUUGGUUUGGUUAAAUAAAUAUCUGGACUCACUUAAA